AAUGCACUACGAAUCGAGGGAUAAACCCAUUCCGCUCGAACAGCACUCUGCUAGCCAAGCGCUCAAAUCGAGCUCAAUGGGUCCGGAAAUGCCAGACGAAGGAGAACAAGUGAACAAGUUCACCCGGGUGUGAUUCACCCAGAGUCGGUUCUUCAGUUCGACACUUCACUUCUCACAGCCUGGUUGGUUGGUAGGUAGGCGUGGGUUCUUCUCGCUAGUUAAGACCUUCUCCUCCGCCUCCUUAUCCUCAUCGUUAUUAUUAUUGUUGUUGUUAUCAUCAGCCUGAUGCCAAUCUGAGCUCGAAGGACAGAUUUGUGGGGACCAAUAGCAUCCUGGGACACUGAGCCCACGGGUCUGAGCCCACGGGUCUGAGCCCAGCGUGGAUGACGGUUGACACUGCCCUGGGGACAGGCUCGGGGAUUCAAAAUGGGGCACAUUGUGCACGGAUUCGCCCAGACCCGUUCCCCAUGACCAUCAUUCUAUUGGUGUCUGUCUGCGAGUGUCUUUCUCAAGUCCAUUUCACAGACGGAGCCCAUCCACCCUAGUCCACCCUAGAGCCGAGUCCAGUCGAGCAGAGCGGAGCCAGCAGCCUUGGCAGCCUUGGGUCUUUGGUCUUUUGGGCGUGCAUUCAUGGCGGCCAGACCAACCAUUGGCGUGCCUGGCCCAAUUCACCCGUCAGUAGCUCAGUCGGCAGACAGGCAGGGGCCGAGUCCAAGCGCUGAGAUGGCACAAAGGCCGAGUGGAUAUCAACCAAUGCUCCAGCUAUGCUCGAUGGGCUGGGAACUGCGGCGGUGCCAAUGGUCGUAGUGAUGGUGGUGGUGGUGGUGGUGUGGCGCCCUUUGGCCUUUUCCUGUGCGUAGGCUAGGUGUACGUGUUACGCUGUGCCAUCCAUGUCUGCGAGCGAGUGUCGUGCCUGAAUGAAAUACAACACAAGGCACAAGGCGGGUCCAUCCGUCUACACUUUGGUGCAUCUGUGCAUGUAUGGUCUCUGUCCCUAACCAAGGAGCAGAAGCAGACGAGGAACCCUGCGUCGAUUGGGCUGUGGAGUCGAGACGGCGUGCGUCCAUCCAGGCCCACCAGGCUCGAGGCCAGUGGGCCAGCCACACAGGAGGAGAGGGAAUCAGGGCUGCCGCCCACCACAUGGGCCAAGCGAGAAAAUCCGUGUCUCGAAGGACCGCCAAUUUGAAUUCGGAUCGAACUACAUUCGGUUCGCCACCCAUACCCACCUCCAUCGUGAUCUUAGUAGUGGUGAUGAUGGUGGCCAAACGGCGAUUCCAAACCUAUUGGAACGCAAUCAAGCCUCUCUUUGAUGUCAACAGCCCGAACUUGGACGAUAGCUUUUGCACCCACCCAUCGGCUGAUGGCUUCUUCCUGGUGGCCACCCAUCGGCAGCGGAUUGUGGGCACGGUCUCCGUGGUGCGAACUCAGCCCACCUGUUUGCGCAUGGAGCGCUUAUUCGUCCAUCCGGCUUGUCGUCGAAUGGGCAUCGCCACCCAACUGAUCCAGGAGUGCAUCACCCGCAGCCCCAAGCGUUGGGGCCAGGGACUCACCUUGACCGCAUCCACGGCCAGUACGCAGAUGGCACUAGCCAAGUGUCUGGGACAGGCCGGAUUUCAAGAGGAUGGUCAUACCGUCAUGGCCAGCGCCUACCCGUUGGAAUUUAAAACCGUGACCGUGGCCAUGUUGCUGGACAAUCAACCUUGAGUCAAUAAAUGAAAAUGAAUGCAUUUAACAACUUACCUACUUCAUAGAAAUGGCCCAAUGUUCAAUUUUCCGCUAUUUCUUGCUUUCAUGUAUAUAGGUGGCCAAACCGCAACCGAAGAUUACGCGUCUGAGUGGAUUUACAUUGUUCAAGUUCGAUCGAAAACACAGGGAUGAAAGGAACAGACGAUAAAGCGCCCAUCCCGGCCCCACCCACGGGAAUUCGCCGUCGUCUGGCCAAGACCUUGUUUAUCAAUCUCUCGUUCAUGCUGGGUUUGGGAUUGUUCGAAAGUGCCCGUGGACCCACCUUGUUGGAUUUGGCCGAGGUCUACCACAUUGACUUGGAAACGUUAUCCUUCAUGUUUCUGACCACAUCCGUGGGGUCGCUCAUUGGCUCGUUUUGUACCGGUUGGUUCAUGGACAAGUAUCCCGGUCUUCAGGCGUUUUUUUUGUUUGCCACCACGUUCCUCCUCGGUUUAAGCACUCUCGUGCUACCCUUCCUACGACACGUUUACCUGUUUUUUGCCCUAACCUUUGUCUUGGGCUUAAGCUCCGGCGCCGUGGACACGGCCGGCAACUUGUAUUGCCUGAACACUUGGCGAGGUCUGGACGGUGGUCCCUACAUGCACAGCAUUCAUUUUAGUUUUUCGGCCGGCUCAUUCCUGGCCCCUCUCCUGGCCACUCCUUUCUUGAGCGAUUUAGAAGACAAUACCCCCUCCCGGAUCACCCUCUUCUACCCGUUGAUCGGAGGAAUAGCUAUGCUGGUGUCAACCGGAUUCCUGCUCUUCGUCAGGGAGGAAUGGAUCGAACAUCAGCAGUCGACUAACAACACUCACGUUGAACGCGACGGGGCUGAAUCGGGCGGUCCGACCCCAAAGGUGGCCAAACAACAAUCCUUGACGAAAGCCAAACUAAGCUUGGUGGUCUUGGUGGGGGUGUUCGUCUUUCUUUACGCCGGGGCCGAGUACUCAUUGGCCAAUUUCUUGACCACGUUUGCCGUAGAAUGCCAGCUUCAGCUGAGCAAAACCCAAGGCGCCGAAUUGACCGCCAUUUAUUGGGGAGCGUUUGCCGUCAUGCGUUUGGCGGCCAUUUUCGCCGCCAUACGAUUGGAUCCCAAACAUGUGAUGGGCUUCAGUUUCAUUUGUUCCUUAGUGGGGGGUGUAGCCUUGUCGAUUUGGGCCGAGCAUUCAUUUUUGGCCCUUCAAAUUGGCACCGGUAUCUUAGGGGUGGGCAUGGCGUCGGUUUACGCCACAGGCAUUCUGUGGUUGGAAGGCUACGUCCUGAUCACCGGACGUUUAGGUUGUCUGUUUCCCAUUGCCGCCUCCAUUGGACCCGACACGUACCCUAUCUUGGUUGGACACUUUAUCGAAGAUUGGCCCAUGUUGCUGAUGCAUUUGAUGUUGGCUACUAUGGUAGGGUGCAUUUUAUUAUUCAUGUUGGCGGCCUGCAUUGGCAGACGGGUCCAAAGUGAAAACCAAUUGGAAAUUGAGAAGGAAGGGGCGGAAGAAGCGGAUGAGAAAAUAGAGAUGAAGCCAUUAGAGGUCACGAAUUAAUAACUGCAUAAUAAACGGUGUAAGCCAU